ACCUGGAGCAGAAGUGUCAACCGCACCGUCGAUGACUCCGACCUCGCCAUGGUGUACUGGCCGCCGCAGGGUUUAUGGUCAGUAGGCAACACGUGCGGGGGCUGCGACAUCAACCCUUCCAAUGUCAAUAUUAGCCUCGUGCAUAAUGGGACUUGGCACGAUACCACCCAGAAACAAGAUCCACAAGUCCAUUCUAUCUCGUACAUGUUCACAGGCAGUGCGAUCUACGCUUACAACAUCAUCGCCAACACCAUCAAAAUGGGGCUCACCACGACCUUCACCAAUGUGACCUUCUACAUCGACGACCAGCUCUCUGGGAGUUAUGCCCAUGACCGGGACCCUACUGCUUCUGACUUCCUGUACAAUGUCCUCGUGUUCAGCGCCACCAACCUCUCUAACGGCCCUCAUCGAUUCGAAAUGCGCUCGGAUCCUCAAGGCGCAGACUCCCUGAUAUUAUUCGAUUAUCUCAUGUACACCGCCGAGGACAGCCCAAUUCCACCGAUUCAUGCAUUAGAUUCUACCUCAACAGUCCCUCCACUCACCGGCAUGCGUGUAUCGGAUUCCACCACGACCUCUUCAUCGACGGCCAGCUCAAUCACAGUCCCUCCCUCGACCGACAUACGUGCAUCGGAUUCUGCCACGGCCUCCUCAUCGACGCCCUCAGAAUCCACUUCGAAAAGACCCGUGCGAGCCCGUGGGGACGUGGGGAGCCUCGCCCAAGCCCCAGAAAUACCACCCAGGACGAGGCCCGCCCUCCAGCCGCUGCCUUCCCCACCACCGGUCUACUCCCCGCCCCCAGACCACGACGCGGACGUCCCCUGCACGGCGUACUCCCCCACGACCAACUUCUCGAGCACGUUCAGCGGCGCGCUCGCUUCGGUGCAGUUCGUCGUGCCGAGCGGGCGCCCGUCGCCCAGCCCGACGAGGCGGCCGCUGCUGCCGGCGCACACCCGCCCACGCCGCGCGCCACCGCGCGACGACGUGCCAGCCCCGGCGGUAUCGGUAUCGGGCACGGAGGCGUCGAUACGCGCCGCCGAGUUUGAGCAGAUGCUGAGCGAGCUCGAGGAGCACCGCCGCGAGCUGCAGCUCAUGCGCAAGGGCGGCGGUGCGCCGCGCUUGGCGGUGGUGAACGCGCAGGGGAACGAGUCGGCAGCGACCAGUCCAAGACCGUCGUCAUCGGCGCCGGCGUCGGCGCAGCAGUCGGCGUCCUCGCCGCGAUCCUCACGCUCGCGGCCGGUGUCUACGUCCUACGCCGGCGCGGUCUCAUCGUCUUCCACCCCUCCACCUGGUCCAUCCGCGCACUCUUUUGCACAGAUCAAUGUGACCAUUGACGACGACAUGGGCGACUACCGCACUCAAAAGAAGCCACUCUACAUUCCAAGUAACUCCUGGAAACAAGGGUCGACGUGCGAGGGUUGCAAUGUUAGAGGAAAGGCACUUGGAGGGGAAGUGGAGGAGAACCGCACCAUCAACGGUACAUGGCACGACACGACAUACCAUCCAGUUCCCGGGCCGACAUGCUCAAUCGUGAUCAACUUCAUCGGCACGGCGAUUUACGUGUUCAAUAUCGUGCUAAAUAGCGCCAGCAUCCCUGGUACAACCAUCGACACCGAACUCUGGUUUAUUCUCGACGACAUUGUGAACCCUACGCCAUAUACACACAAUCCUGACCCAUCCGGUCCCGACAUCAUGUACGACGUCCUUGUCUUCAACAGAACAGGAUUGCUCAUGCAGGAGCACCGGUUGACCAUCGAGUUGGACCCGCUCACGGCUUCACUCGCUCUCUUCGACUAUGCCCUCUACACGACUGACGACCCUUCCACCACGCCUCUCUCCUUCGCACAGUCCGCUUCAACCAUAUCCCCGAUCAUCCCGAUCUUCUCGUCGUCACCAAAUCCCACCACGGCCCCUUCCUCUACGGCCCCUCCCUCGAGUCACUCUCCCAAGCCCUCCGCGUUGCCGAUUGUGGGCGCAGUCGCGGGCGGAAUCGCGGGCGCCGUGCUCCUGUCCCUAGGCCUACGCGUCCUCCUCCGCAACCGGCCCACUCGCCGCCGGCACCGG